UAACUUUUGUUUAUAUAUGGAAGAUUCUGUCGUCUAUAGCAAAGGUGACUGGAGGGCGCAACAGCGGGUCGCUAGAACUGUGCCGCGCCUCCCACCUUUAUCACUCACACACUCACCGGCAGGAGAAAACCUUUAAACAAAUUGCACAUAUCACAAAAAAGAAAAACCAUCAUUCGUAGGGUAGCCGAGGUGUUUCCGAUCCUAGGGUCGUCGUCAUCACCUGCCAUCACUCGAGCAACGCCAGCUUUAACUUUGCCACAGACAUGACUGAAGGCAACCAGAGUCUAUUCCACCGAGCGAAGUUCUUUAUAUAUGCUGGAGGGAUCUUCUUCCUCUAUUUCUAUUAUGGGGUGUUGCAAGAAUCAAUUACACGUACACGUUAUGGUGAAGAAAAGGAAAAAUUUACGUAUUCCCUUGCCCUUGUAUUUUUCCAGUGCAUCAUAAAUGCUAUAUAUGCAAAAAUAAUGGGGAAGUUUGUCCUCGACCAGGGGGAGGAUACAACCCGUCGUAUCUACUAUGCCUCAAGUGCUCUCACUUACCUGCUGGCCAUGGUCUCCUCAAAUAUGGCUCUACAGUGGAUCAAUUACCCUACGCAGGUUGUAGGAAAAUCAUGUAAGCCAAUUCCAGUGAUGGUCCUGGGAGUGAUUUUGGGACGUAAGAGCUAUACCUGGAAGAAAUAUGUCUUUAUCUUCAUGAUUGUUGUAGGGGUGGCAAUGUUCAUUUAUAAGGACUCCAAGGCAGCAGCAGCAGCAUCUUCAGGUGGUGGUCUUGGCCUUGGAGAGGUUCUUCUGUUAUUGUCAUUGACAAUGGACGGACUGACUGGAGCUGUCCAAGAACGCAUGAUUGCCGAGUCAAAGACCAAAUCUGGCCAUAUGAUGCUCAAUAUGAAUCUGUUCUCUAUUGGAUACUUGGCAAUAGCUCUUCUGGUGACAGGCGAGAUCUUCACCUUUGUCAACUUUGCUCAGCGUUAUCCAGAGGUUCUCACAAAAAUGCUUGUCUUCAGUAUCUGCAGUGCCCUUGGUCAAUUCUUCAUAUUUUUGAUGGUGAGCGAUUUUGGUCCUCUUCCUUGCUCAAUUGUGACUACGACUCGCAAGUUCUUCACUGUGCUGGGGUCAGUCAUACUCUUCAAUAAUACUCUCUCUCCUCGACAAUGGCUUGGAACAACCUUUGUAUUUUCAGGUCUUACUUUAGAUGCAGUCUAUGGAAAAUCACCCAAAAAAGUUCUAGUAGAAGUGAAGGCGAGUAAAGAGUGAGAAAUAAAAUGAAGAUGUGUAGACUGCUGUACACUGAUAUUACAUGUAGUAUGAUGUCUAUAGGAUCUUCUUGCUCCUUUAGGAAAAAAAGAAGAAGAAUUGCAAUGAAGAAGGUAUGAGGUAUGGAAGUAGUGUGUUAAAAAGGAAGGCAUGAAUGAUAACGAUUUUCUUAAAAAAAAAAAAGUAAGGUCUUUGACAACGUGGCAGGUGCUGCUGACCAGUGCAGUGAAGGAAGCGCUAGUCAAGAACUUCACUCUUAUUACAAUGUUGCAAUGUUUCACUAGAAGACAUUUGUUCAGACCUGAAGCAGUUCUUCAGAGUGAAAUGUGUUUUGUAAAGGCUUGGUUUAGACUGGUGUUACCUUCAAAAUGCAUUGUCAUACCAUUGCUAGAUAAGCGAGGAUAGAAUUUGUUACAGUAAAAUAUGUUUGUGUAAGGGAUGAGAAUUACUUUAUGAAAGAGAUGCAUUUAUUUUGUGAAAACUGUAAAUUUUGCUGUUAUACCAUUCCCUCAUCCUAUUGCAUCCUCUGCUUACUCUAAGGUAAACUAUUUUGUGAUCUGUUUACCACUUAAUAUUUAAAUUAAAACACAUUAAUCAGAA